AUGGCGGAGGCUGCAGGCACGUCGCGUGGCCUCCGCGUCUACAAAAUUGUAGUGCUAGGCGACGGGGGGGUAGGCAAGUCCGCGGUCACACUGCAAUUUGUUAGCCACAGUUUCCUGGAUUAUCACGAUCCUACAAUAGAGGAUUCAUAUCAGCAACAGGCCGUGAUUGACGGAGAGCCUGCAUUGUUGGACAUAUUGGAUACUGCUGGGCAGGUAGAGUUUACAGCAAUGAGGGAGCAGUACAUGCGAUGCGGGGAGGGGUUCAUGCUAUGCUACUCGGUGACAGACAGGCGGUCGUUCCGUGCUGCAGCGGAGUAUAAGCGUCUUCUGGCUCAAGCUCGUCCUUCAGAGCGGCUGCCUCUGGUGUUGGUUGGCAACAAACUGGACUUGGCGCCGAGGUUUAGACAAGUGACUACGGAUGAGGGGAAAGCUCUAGCAACUCAAUUGGGUUGUCCGUUCUACGAGACGUCAGCAGCGUUACGUCACUUCGUCGACGACGCAUUCCACGGGCUUGUGAGGGAAAUACGUCGGCUCGAGAGACAGAGACAGUCAUCAAUCAUGGGCAGUACAACGGGCGGAGGGCGAAGGCGUUGGCGACGUCUUCGCAGUAUCUUCGCGCUCGUUUUCCGUCGGCGUCGGCGACACCAAUCCACACCCUGAGCACCACCACUGACUCACCACUGGCUCACCACCGAACCACUAUCCACCCACCGAUGAAUGGGGUAACUGCCACAUUACAUUUUACAUUACAGCCUGACAUGGACAGCUGAAGCUGUGCUACUUAAGAAAUUUUUUACUUGCAACAUUGAAACUAGAUAUAGUUUCGGUCUACUAUCCACCCACUGACGAAUGACGUAACUGCUACAUGUAUAUAUUGAUAUUAUAGUAUGAUGGAAAUACUGACUACUAUAGUAGUACGGAAAGCUGAAACUGCAAUAUUUAAGAAAUUUUUAGAUGGCACCAUUGAAACUACCUAUGUAGAGGACGUGGAACUGCAUGUUAUUGAAUGCUCAUUGAAUUUUGAUACUUGACGGAAAAACUAUAUAGUAUUUAACUCUCACAACCAA